AACAUCCGUUAAAAUGGGACAAAAGCAAUCCGGAGGAACCGGCGGGGCAGGAGAUAAAUCUGAUGACAAGGAUAAGAAAAAGAAGUAUGAACCACCAGUACCUACUAGAGUUGGGAAAAAGAAGAAGAAGUUGAAGGGACCUGAUGCUGCUACAAAACUUCCACAAGUCACACCAUACACAAGAUGUCGACUGAAGCUGUUAAAGUUAGAAAGAAUAAAAGAUUAUUUGUUAAUGGAAGAAGAAUUUAUCAAAAACCAAGAAAGACUUAAACCCCAAGAAGAAAAACAUGAAGAAGAAAGAACUAAAGUUGAUGAGUUGAGGGGAUCACCAAUGUCUGUUGGUAAUAUGGAAGAAAUUAUAGAUGAUAAUCAUGCUAUUGUCUCCACUUCUGUUGGUAGUGAACAUUAUGUUAGUAUUCUGUCAUUUGUUGAUAAAGACCAACUGGAACCAGGCUGUUCUGUUUUAUUAAAUCAUAAGGUACAUGCUGUAGUUGGUGUAUUGUCUGAUGAUACAGAUCCUAUGGUCAAUGUCAUGAAGUUAGAAAAGGCACCACAAGAAACAUAUGCUGAUAUUGGUGGCUUAGAUUCUCAGAUACAAGAAAUCAAGGAAUCUGUAGAGUUACCUUUAACCCAUCCUGAAUAUUAUGAAGAAAUGGGUAUUAAACCACCUAAAGGAGUUAUUUUAUAUGGUCCACCUGGUACAGGUAAAACUUUAUUGGCUAAAGCUGUUGCCAAUCAAACAUCAGCCACUUUCCUUCGUGUUGUCGGUUCAGAACUUAUUCAAAAAUAUCUGGGUGAUGGUCCUAAGUUAGUACGAGAAUUAUUCCGUGUAGCAGAAGAACAUGCGCCUUCUAUUGUCUUUAUUGAUGAAAUAGAUGCUAUCGGAACAAAAAGAUAUGAUUCUAACUCUGGUGGUGAGAGAGAAAUACAGAGAACUAUGUUAGAAUUGUUAAAUCAGUUAGAUGGUUUUGAUUCACAUGGUGAUGUCAAGGUUAUCAUGGCAACAAAUCGUAUAGAAACCCUAGAUCCUGCUUUAAUUCGUCCUGGAAGAAUAGAUAGAAAGAUAGAAUUCCCUCUACCUGAUGAAAAAACUAAACGUCGUAUAUUAACAAUACAUACUAGUAGAAUGACUCUAGCUGAUGAUGUUAAUAUUGAUGAUUAUGUUAUGUCUAAAGAUGAUCUCUCCGGUGCUGAUAUCAAGGCUAUAUGUACUGAAGGUGGUUUAUUAGCUCUCAGAGAAAGAAGAAUGAAAAUCACCAAUGAAGACUUCAAGAAAGCUAAAGAAAAUGUCUUAUAUAGAAAGAAUGAGGGCACACCAGAAGGACUAUAUCUUUAAAUAUUGUAUCUGUUUCUGCAUUUUUGUUGAAUAAUAAUAAAUUAAUCUUCUAAAGAUC